GCGAUCUUCACCUUCCACCCAACCGACUCUUGGGCUCUGUUUUCGGCCUUUACCUUUCUUACAGUGAGCUUCGCACUUCAGCCAGUCCAGUCCUCCUCUCUUCUUCUUCUUCUUCUAUUAUUACCCUUCUUGUUCUAAGGGGGCCUAUCCUGUUAGGACGAUCAGGGAAUUAUAUUUUAAUGAUCGUGGAGAGCCCUCUUUCUCUCUGGGAGAGGAGAAACCGUUGAAAUCUCGAUUCUCGAUGAGAAUAAAAAUGACAGAGGGCAACAAGUUAGCAGUGGUAAUAGUAUUAGCAGUAGCAGUGAUGGUGGGAGUGGUGUGGCCGGCAGAAUCAGCAACUGGGAUAGGUGUGAACUGGGGGACCUUGUCUCUGCACAGGUUGUCGCCGUCCACGGUGGUCGAUCUCCUCAAAGAUAACAAGAUACACAAAGUGAAGCUGUUCGAUGCGGAUCCAUAUGUUCUCAAAGCUCUCAUGGGGACUGGGAUUGAAGUAAUGGUUGGAAUUCCUAAUGAGAUGUUGGCUUUACUCAGCUCUUCCACUGCUGCCUCUGAUCUAUGGGUCCGUCAGAAUGUCUCCACCUAUUUGGUCAAGGGCGGUGUUGAUAUCAGGUAUGUUGCAGUAGGAAAUGAGCCCUUUCUUUCAAGUUAUUCAGGUCAAUUUCAGUCAUACGUCAUCCCUGCACUGAUGAAUUUACAACAGUCAUUGGCCAAAGCAAAUCUAGCAGGUGCUGUAAAGCUAGUGGUUCCCUGUAAUGCUGAUGCGUACGAGUCUUCCCUCCCUUCCCAAGGAGCCUUCCGUCCUGAACUGACUCAAAUUAUGAGCCAACUUGUUUCAUUCCUCAACACUAACGGUUCCCCUUUUGUAGUCAAUAUUUAUCCAUUUCUAAGCUUAUACGGGAACUCAGAUUUCCCUCAAGACUAUGCAUUCUUUGAGGGGACGAACCAUCCUGUGACAGAUGGGACAAAUGUGUAUUAUAAUGCAUUUGAUGGAAAUUUUGACACGUUAGUUGCAGCCCUUGCCAAAAUUGGGUAUGGCCAGAUGCCUAUAGUUAUAGGAGAGGUUGGUUGGCCUACAGAUGGAGCAGUUAGUGCAAAUCUUACUGCUGCAAGGGCUUUUAAUCAAGGCCUUGUAAAUCAUGUUCUGAGUAAUGAAGGAACCCCCCUGCGGCCCGUUGCCCCUCCAAUGGAUAUAUAUCUUUUUAGUCUCCUUGAUGAAGGGGCAAAGAGCGUACUUCCGGGAAACUUCGAGAGACACUGGGGCAUUUUCUCCUUUGAUGGCCAGGCCAAAUAUCCAUUAAACCUUGGUUUAGGCAAUGGAUUGUUGAAGAACGCCAAGGAUGUUCAGUAUCUGCCGUCAAGGUGGUGUGUGGCGAACCCAUCGAGGGACCUGUCCGGUGUGGCAAACCACAUCAGGAUUGCUUGCAGUGUCGCAGAUUGCACUACACUCAACUAUGGGGGUUCAUGCAACGCUAUCGGAGCGAAGGGUAAUAUCUCAUACGCAUUCAACGGUUACUACCAGCUGCAAAAGCAGGACUCACAGAGCUGUGAUUUUGAUGGGCUUGGGACGGUCACUUUCUUAGACCCUUCAGUUGGUGAUUGCAGAUUUCUUGUUGGGGUCACUGAUGGUAACUCUUCUUCAUGUUCUGAUUUGCACAGAAGGUGGCUCCUCCUUGUUUGGCUUUGGAUUUUAUGGGGUGGUUGGAAUUUGACCAUGUGAGACAGGUUUCAUAAGUGAGUUUUUUCGUGGUCCCUAUUCUGGAAGUUAUAGAAUUAUUAGAUUAAGAGAGAAAGAAAACCCUAGUCUCUAGCUGUUAUUAUAUUGAAAGUUAUGCAGGCUAUUUUAGCCCAGGAAUAUUGUGCUUGUAACAAAGAGUUGGUCGUGUGGUGUACUGAACUAUCCAUUUGAUUGAUCUUCAUUUACAGUUAGAUUUA